AUGACCGACGCCCAGCUCGCCCUCCAGCACCAGCGCGACGAGCGCGAGGACCUCGACGAGCCGCCACCGGCACUCUUGCGCGGCCUCCUCACCGUCCACCUGUCCAAGCCGACCCGCAUCAAGGACAUCUCGGUCCGCUUCAAGGGCACGGCGAGGACCGACUGGCCCGAGGGUAUCGGCCCCCGUCGCCUCGACGUUAUGGAGGAGACGCAGCUCAUCAACGUCACCCAGUCGUUCUUCUCGGCCUCGUCGGCGUCGAUGCAGCGUCGUGCGGCGUCGAUCGGGCCAGGCGCAGGCGACCACGGCGACGAGUCGCGCGGCAGGUCGACGAGGCGCGCCGCGAGCGUCGUUCCCGGCCGCCAGGUCAGCCAGGGCCGCUCGUACCCGCGCGACAGCGUCCUCCAGCAGCACGAGUUGGCGCCUGUACCUCUGCACCAGCACGCGCCCGAGGUCGCACGUGCGCCCGGCCUGUCGCGUAUCUCGUCGGAGGAGGACCUCGGCGACCACCGCAUCCCGCCCGUCCUCCCUGGCGAGGCGGCGCCGAGCUACGAGGACCGGCACGGCGCCGGCGGGUCCGAGGUGGUCGGCGACGGGUGGAAGGAGUUCAAGGCGGGCACCUACACGUACCCGAUCUCGAUCACGGUCCCGGCGACGCUGCCGCCGAGCCUGACGUGCGAGUUUGGCCACGUCGGGUACACGCUCAAGGCGACGGUCCACCGGGCGGGCGCCCUCACGACCAACCUCACGAGCUCGACCGAGGUGACGCUCGUCACGACGCCCGGCGAGGAGGACACGGAGGAGAGCGAGAGCAUCGUCGUCGAGCGCUUCUGGGAGACGCAGGUCAAGUACCACGUGGCGCUGAGCGGCAAGAGCUUCCCUAUCGGCGGCCAGAUCCCAAUCAGCAUCCGGCUCAACCCGCUCGCCAAGAUCCGGCUGUACCGCGUCACGGCCCAGCUUGAGCAGAAGACGAGCUACUUUGCCUCGGUCAACUCGGGUCGCAAGCUCACUCGCCACGAGACGCCCAAGCGCUUCCAGCUCCUGCGCAUCGAGAACAAGGACCCGAAGGAGCCGCUUCUGCCAAUCCUGUCCGACGACCCGGACGUCCUCCUCAACCACCCUCUGCGCGAGUUCUUCAUCAACGCCUCUUCCUCGGACGGUCCGCUCUUUUUUCGCCUUUUCCUCUACGACACGCCGUCGCUGCUCGACCCGAUCGGCCCGUGGCACCUCGACGGCCUCCUCCAGCUGCCCGACUGCAGCUCGAAGCUCUGCGUCAGCACGCACCACGAGAAGUCCAACAUCUCGAUCUCGCACACGCUCAAGAUCAUGAUGCGCGUCGAGCGC